AUGGACGAAUUUGAUGAGAUUCAGUAUAUGCCAAGUAUAGAUAUCCCAGAAGUACAACAGGUAAAUAGCAGAGGAAAUUGGAUGACACCAAUUGUAUCAUACUUGAAAGAAGGACGACUCCUAGAAGAGAAGGACGAAGCUAGGAAGUUGAGGGUAAGAUCAGCUAGGUACGUUCUUAUGGACGAAGUGCUAUACAAAAGAGGUUUUUCUCAACCUUAUCUUAGAUGCUUGGCUCCGGAUGAAGCAAACUAUGUAUUGAGAGAAGUUCAUAAAGGAGCAUGUGACAAUCACUCAGGAGCCAGGUCACUUGUCCACAAGGUCGUCCGUGCGAGGUAUUAUUGGCCGAAUAUGCAAGCUGAUGCUAAAGCAUACGUCAAGGGACUAGACAUUUUGGGUCUCUUUUCGCUGGGCACAAGGCAGAUGAAGUUUCUAGUGGUGGGCAUCGAUUAUUUCACCAAAUGGGUGGAAGCUGAACUGAUAGUAAAUAUCACACAACAGAAUGUUAAAAAUUUCGUGUGGAAGAACAUUGUGUGCAGAUUUGGAGUGCCCAAGAUAUUGGUGUCUGAUAACGGACGACAAUUUGACAAUGCACUCUUCAGGGACUUCUGCGCACACUUCGAAAUUCAAAAUCAUUAUUCCUCACCCGCUCAUCCCCAAGCCAAUGGCCAGGUUGAAGUUGCAAACUGA